AAGCCGCGAGUCAGACAGAGUAGUUCGCCCUGCUCUCUCUAUCUACGUUGAGCCAUGCCGCGGAAACCGAUUGUUGGUGGAAACUGGAAGUGCAACCCCAAGACGCUGGAGGAGGCGCAGAAGCUGAUUGGGGAAUGGAAGAACCAGGUGCCACUGGACAAGCGCAAGAUCGACGUUUUUGCAUGCCCCAUGAUGCCUCACUUGCUCAAAGUGAAGUUGCCCAUGGAGAAGUUGGGCAUCUCCGCCUGCGCACAGAAUUGCAGCAAGACUGGUGAGGGCGCCUUCACGGGUGAGGUCAGCGCCGCGCAGCUCAAGGACGCCCGCGUGCAGUGGACGCUGCUCGGGCACUCGGAGCGCCGCACCAAGUACGGGGAGACUGAUGAGGAGGUGGCGGAGAAGGUGUCGCAGGCUUUGGCCGCGGGCCUCAAGGUGGUGCUAGCCAUUGGCGAGCUCUUGGACGAGCGCGAGGCCAGCAAGACCGACGAGGUGAACGAGCGCAUGCUGAAGCCUGUCGUUGCGAAGGUGAAGGAGGAGGACUGGAGCCGCAUCGUCAUCGCCUAUGAGCCGGUCUGGGCCAUCGGCACUGGUAAGGUGGCCACGCCCGAGCAGGCCGAGGAGACCCACGCGGCCAUCCGCGCCUACAUGGCCAAGGCGGUCAGUGAGGACGUGGCUGAGAAGGUGAGAAUUCAGUACGGCGGCAGCGUCACGGUGGACAACUGCGCUGAAUUGAUCAAGAAGCCGAACAUCGACGGCUUCCUGGUGGGAGGCGCGUCUUUGAAAGCCUCCUUCAUGGAAAUCGUGCAGAAGAGCACCCCGCCGCCGGUGCUGAAGAAGCCCAAGUGGUCCAAGAUCACCGAUCUCAACCCGACCACCAAGGGCUUCAACUGCAUGCUGAAGUGCACCAAGGCCGCAGCGCAGGUGGAGGGCACUGAGGGGGUCUUUGAGGCCGUGUGCGGUGAUGACACAGGCAUGUGCACGGUCUCCUUCCGCAACAAGGACCUUUGUGACAUCUGCAAGGAGGGAGCCUCCCUGAGGAUGCAGAAUGCUGCUGUACGGAUGGUCAAGGGCGGCUACAUGCGCUUGGUCGUUGACAAGUGGUCAGCCUUCAAGCCUGCGGACGAGCCGGUGGAUUUCGAGGUGAAAACUUCGAACGACGUCUCGUCGGUGGAGUAUGAGCUGGUGGGCGAGUCGUGAACCUCUGAGCAGUGCUGAGGAGUCAUGAGGCGCGAUUUGGUGUGCUCCGUGCGCAGUGGAUCGCCCGCUUGGGGUUUUCUGAGGCCUGUCCUCCAAUAUUUGUCUCCUUUUGCCACGGAGGUUUUGAGGAGCAGUAGGUCAAGGGCGCAAUCCCGACAUGAGUUGACA